AUGAAGCUGUCGUGUGGGCUCUUCGGCCGCAGCCGUGGCACUCGCGGCCGCGGGGACCGUGCCGACAAGAAGAACCCUCGCCGUGCACGAACCCUGUCCAUCUUUGGCAAUUCGAACCCCCAGUCCCUUCGCGCCCUCGGGCGCCUGGUCCGCGUCACUGCUCUCGCCAAGCCAUCCGAUGAGUCCACGAGCGACGCCUCCACGGCCAGCGGCCACCCAGACAUGGAUUUCGAGGCCCACAUGAGCACCGACAUGCGCGAGACCCUCGAGCGCUUAUACUGCCACCUCCGCGGCCCCCACGCCCUUCUCUCCAGAGCUGCCUUCUGCGCCUUUCUCAACGACGUCCAAGGCGAGGCCGCCGUCGACCUCGACCGGGACACUUACACCUGCGGCGAGUUCCUCUACGCCUGGAUCAAGCAGCAUGGCAUCGAUGCCCUGGCCGCCCCUCCCGAAACCGACCUCUCCAGACCACUCACAAACUACUUCAUCAACAGCAGUCACAACACCUACCUCGACGGCCACCAGUGGGCGUCCAAGAGCACCCCAGAUGCCUACAAGGCUGUUCUCUCUCGGGGUUGCCGAUGCAUCGAGAUCGACGUCUGGAACGGCGACGCUGUCCCGUCGAGGGACCGGUCCAAGUCUCCCCACGUUGAACACAGUCGCGGCCUGUCGGGCAGCUCCCUGCCCAACGCUGCGCUGAACAUUGUCGACGCGGUCGGGGAAAAGUACGAAUCAGCCAAGUCUUACCUCGGCGACAAGCAGGCAUCCCACUCUCACUCACGUAGCCCCAGCGCCAACAGCCGCGCCAUGGCCGACGACGUCUCCCCCCGCUCGAGCGUCGUCCUCACGCAACAAGAUCCCCACGAAUCCAACGACCGCCUCGACGUCGGGCGCGGCGCCGCACGAGCGCGUGCUCGAGCGGCCAUGCCCCGUGGCGAGCCCAUUGUGACGCACGGCUGGACCCUGACCAUCCCCUGCGGCUUUCGCGAGGUUUGCGAGGCCAUCAAGGAGUCUGCCUUUGUGGACAACGACCUGCCCAUCAUCAUUAGCCUCGAAGUGCACGCCGACCUGGAACAGCAGGAGGUCAUGGUCAAGAUCAUGAGGGAGGUCUGGCAAGACCUUCUCGUGAGCGAGCCGCACGAGGCAUGCGAUCCCAAGUUCCGCGUCCCUACCCUCGAGGCGCUGCGCAACAAGAUCCUCGUCAAGGUGAAGAGGGCGCCUGCCAAGAUGGUCGCCCACAGCGUCGGCGAGAUCCCUAUCCUGCAACACCCAGACGACGACGCCUCCGUCUCCGACGACGAGCUGCCGGCACCAUCCCGCUCGCCGCGCCUCGACAAGACCGCGUCAGCUCCUGCGCCUGGCGCCCCCUCCGCGCCACCGGACAAGCGCCCCAAGGUCCGCAUCUGCCAGAACCUCGCCGAGCUCGCAGUGUACACUCGCAGCGAACGCUUUGAGAGCCUCCGCACCCCGCAGGCCAAGAAACCGACGCACAUCUUCUCCAUCAGUGAGAGUCGUAUCCUUGAACUAUAUCGAAAGCAUGAGCAGGAAAUGUUUCUGCACAACAAGGGUUACUUCAUGAGAGCCUUUCCGGACGUCAAGCGUAUCGGCAGCUCCAACCCUGACCCGAGCCCGUUCUGGAGAAAGGGAGUGCAAAUGGUCGCCUUGAAUUGGCAGAGCCUCGACGAGGGCAUGAUGGUCAACGAGGGCAUGUUUGCCGACCAGAAGGGCUGGAUCCUCAAGCCCCCCGGGUACCAGAGCUCUGACAAGACCGCCGACACGCAGGAACUGGCCGCGCCGGGGCGUACCUUGGACCUCGACAUCACCAUCUAUGCCGGCCACAAGCUCCCUAGCCAUGCCAGUGCCGAUAGCGACGCCGACAACGCCCGCAGCGGGAGCACCAUCCGGCCUGUUGUAAAGGUCGAGCUGCAUGUCGACAAGCCGGGCGGCGCGGACAAGGACGCGGGCUCCAAGGAGGGCCCGUACAAGCAGCGAACCGAUGCCAAGAAGUCCGUCAACCCCCAUUUCGGGACGCACGGCAAGACGCUGCGCUUCCGUGGCAUCCCCAAGGUGGUUCCGGAGCUCGGCUUCCUAAGGUUCAAAAUUGAAGACGAAUCCCGGACGGGCCUCGGCAGCUCCCCGCUACUCGCGUGGGCGUGCAUUCGGCUUGAUCGCUUACGGCCUGGAUACCGCUUCAUUCGGCUCAUGGACAGCAAAGGUAACCAGAUCCCUGGCGGGAAGCUCCUCGUUAUGGUGUCCAAGUCAUUCCGCUGA